AUGUUCAAGUUGCAGACUUUUGAUACCAGGGAAACACCCCUCCUCGCUCGCGAUAACAUCCAGAAAGCCAAGCAGUGGCUGAAUAUCUGUCUGUCAGAACACACAGCAUGUCGCAAAUUCCACAGCAGCACCGUUUCCAACCCCCAGCAACGACCAACGCGUGUCCUCGAAAUCACACCCACCACCAUUCGCCUCCGUUGCAAUAUGCAGAACGAGCAUUUUGACUACCUCGUCUUAAGCUACAUGUGGGGAACGAAUUACACCCAACAAAUCCAGCUCCGUCAAUCCAAUCUUAACGCCUUUCAAAAAGAGAUCCCUCGAGCCCAAUUGGAGGCAUCAGACGUAUACAAGGAAGCGAUCCGCGUCACGCUCGCCCUAGGCUACCGCUACCUUUGGAUAGACAGCCUAGCCAUAAUCCAAGACUCAGAUGAAGACUGGACCUACGAAGCACGCCGCAUGGCUAUCGUCUACGGCAACGCAACAGCCAACCUCGCUUUCCUCUUCCCACCCCACUCACCCUCUGCACCAUCCCGUCGCGAAGACCCACGAUCUUCGAAUCCAUGUAUCCUCCGGGCUUCAUUUUCGCAUACACCUGGUAUAUAUAUUGAGCACACGAAGUCCUCACUCCGUCUCGCCCUCGACACGGAAGAGGCGAGUAGAGACUGGCUCGCUCAACGCAACUGGCCGCUCUUCAAUCGCGCAUGGACGUUUCAGGAGUAUCUUCUUGCGCCGCGGACGUUGCUGCUGGGGCAUAAGAAUCUCAUGUGGCAGUGCUCGGAAGGGUUUUGGGAUGAAUUGCUUGGGCCGAUUGCAGAACCACCGGUGACAGGUCCCACGACGACGACGCUUCAAGUAUCUUUGCACGGAAAAGACAGAGGAAAAUCUCGGUACUUCCCCAACACCAUCAAAGAGAUCAACACACUCGCAAAGACAAACAGCCUCACCUCCCCAGCUAUUCUCUCUUUCGCACUAGACUACCAAAACCUAGUCAAUGAGUACCGCAGCCGCAGACUCUCUUUCUCCAAAGACCGCAUCGUAGCUUUCGCAGGCGUAGCGCGUGCGUUCUCCAACCUGGGCCAACUCACCUACCUAGCCGGCCUGUGGAAAGAAAUACUACCAAUAGUCAUGCUGUGGUACGUCGACAAAAAAGCGAAAUGGAUUGUCCGCCUCGAGAAUGGGAUACCGAAUGGCGCGGAGAUGAAACCGUCGAUGUGGACAACAGAAAUCGAAGAGGGUAUCGUGCAAACCACAUCACCACUCCCAAGUUGGUCGUGGUUCUCAGUACCAAUAUGGAAGUACUACCAACUCCACCACCUCUUCAGCGACGACGAACUAGUCGUCCGGUGUAAAAGCGAUUCCGAACCUCAUCUCGUCCGCUGGACCGACAUGUUCUUCGCUGAAACCAAGGGUUUCAAGUUCGCUGGACACGCUUACAAGUCACACUCGUAA